UAUUAAGGAGAAAUUGCAAGGGAAAUCGGUGGAGUAGAGUGGUUCGAACUUCGAUGGAUUGACCGUUUCGGUUUGAGAAAACAUUGUCCUUGAUCUUGCCAAAUAGACAACAAGUGACGUUGGCAGUGGUGCUUUUGCUCGUUAUCGUUGGAGGAGAACAGGAGGGUGGAACAAAGGAAAGAUGCAAGGCGUGAUGGCAUGGAGGUUGAUGCGAAGGAAAGCCUUCUCCACAAUAUCCAAGGCAUUCAAAUCCUUCAGCGGCUACCCAACCACCAGGUCUCCUUCCCUUCUCGAGCUCGACCUCCCCGACAAUUGGACUCCCAACCCAACGACAGCAACAACGACGGCGAUCCCACAUUUUCAAAACCACGCAGCCAGUAGGCAGACAGCUGCAUUGAUUGAUGGGAGAUUGAUGGCAGAAGAAAUAAGAUCAGGAAUAGCCAGUGAAAUAAAAAGAAUGAGAGAUGCCACUGGAAAGGUUCCUGGGUUGGCUGUAAUUUUGGUUGGUAAUAGGAAGGACUCUCAAACAUAUGUUCGUAAUAAAAUAAAGGCUUGUGAAGAGGUCGGAAUCACAUCUCUUAUGGCAGAGCUUCCUGACAAAUGUGGGGAAGAUGAAGUUCUUGAUGCAGUAUUGAGUUUUAAUGAGAAUCCAUCAGUUCAUGGUAUUCUUGUGCAACUCCCUCUACCUCAACAUUUGGACGAAGAGAAGAUUUUGAAUGCCGUGAGCCUAGAAAAAGAUGUAGAUGGAUUCCAUCCUAUUAAUAUGGGGAACCUUGCCAUGAGAGGAAGGGAGCCACUGUUUGUCCCCUGUACCCCAAGGGGUUGCAUUGAGUUAUUGCUAAGGUCAGGUGUGCAAAUCAUGGGGAAAAAAGCAGUAGUUAUUGGGAGGAGCAAUAUUGUUGGAUUGCCUACUUCUUUGCUAUUGCAGAGGCACCAUGCUACAGUCACUGUCAUACAUGCCUUCACAAAAAAUGCAGAACAGAUCACACAAGAAGCUGAUAUUGUGGUCUCAGCUGUUGGAGUACCCAACCUUGUCCGUGGCUUUUGGCUAAAGCCGGGUGCAGUUGUGAUUGAUGUAGGGACAAGUCCAGUUGAGGACCCUGGUAGCGAAUAUGGUUACCGCCUUACUGGAGAUGUUUGCUAUGAAGAAGCUGUCAAAGUGGUGUCGGCCAUCACCCCUGUGCCUGGAGGAGUGGGACCUAUGACAAUUGCCAUGCUUCUCUGCAAUACUGUUGACUCUGCCAAGCGUGCAUUUGGAUUCAGUUAACCUCUGGCUUUGUUCUUAACAGAAUCGCAUCUGUGUUGUACACUACCUCUUGUUGAGGUGUUUGAUCCCCUUUUUGUCUGUUACUAUGCUAAUUCAUUAUUGUAAGCUUCAAAAUUUCUUUCUACUGCAGGAAAAGAUCUUGAUUUAAGGGAGUCAUUUUGGAUCCCUUCCCUGCUUGACACUCUUAACUUCCCCAUUCCACCAUCCAAACAAAAAAGUGAAGAUGCUAGUCAAUGUAGUUGAGAAUUUUUUGACUUGCGGAGGGGAUGGGGGAAGGUCAUCAGAGGGUUAUUUUUGGUUCUAAUAGACAUGAAACUCUUUCAGAUAAUCAUGCAUGCUGUUGUGUGUCAUACCAUAGAAAGUCGUCCAUCAAGUUUUUUGACUGCAAACAUGAAAUAUCAGGCCCAUUUAAUAGGUUCUGUUGAUAAGGAUCUGGACCAUCUGUUUUGGAGAUUUUGCUGCUGAGUUGAAGAAUACAAGGAAUUUAUCAGGUAAAUAAGUGUAUAGUGAUCAAAUGCAUUGGGGGUGUUAUCAGUCCGGAAAUUUUGGAUAUUCAACAACUAAGUCAUUGUACUAAUCCAUUUUUUGUUCCAACUUGUUUAUUCCAAGAUUUAGCUACCAUGCAAUUUGAGCCCUA